AUGACAUCAAACGAAUUACCUCCUCAACCUUCCCCAAAGGAUGCUGCUACCAGUAUAGGUUCAAAUGGUCAAGUUGUUUACAAAUCUCCACCAAAAAUUCUUUAUGCAGUCGCUGAUUCCAAGGGUGCGCCAUCCAAUCCUGUUCAAUUCGUGCCCCAAGUAGAAGUUGAAAAUGAGCCAGCAGUGAAUUAUGUACCAUUUCAAUAUGCUGGAAGUCAAUCAUGUCAUACAUAUUUACUAUGUGAUCAACCAGUUAAAAUAGAACCUGUAGUUGAAAAGCCACCACCAGAACCCAAAAAGGAAGUGAAAAAAGUUGAGAAAAAGAUUAAUACUACUGUAUUUGAUAUGGAUUUAAGAGAACUUUUUGAUAGUGUAGAUACCAACAAGUCUGGUAAGAUUUCUGCUCGAGAAUUAGGAAAUGCUUUAAGUAAUUUCGAUAAAACCAGAUUUCAAAAUUCAACCAUUGGACUUUUGAUUCAUUUAUUUGGUUCUAGAAAGACAAGAACAAUAAAUUUUGAACAAUUUGUUGAAUUAUGGGAAUAUUUACUUACAUAUAGAAAGUUAUUUGUUCAAGCUGAUAUGAAUAUGUCUGGAGAUAUUUCAUUUGGUGAAUUUUUGAGGAUUUUGGAACAAAUUGAAUUUCAUUUGGAGAUUGAUAUUACUUUAGAUCUUUUCUUAAGAUAUAGUCAUAAAACAAAUGGUGGAGCUGGAUCUUUAAAAUUUGAUUGUUUUAUUGAAAUAUUGGAACUUUUAAGAAAGUUGGCUAAGUAA